CCCGGCCACUGUGACUGCCAUCCCUGCCAAGCCCAGCACACCAGGUGCUACUCCUGCUGCAGUGCCCACCUCCACUCCUAAGCCUGCAUCCAAUGAGGCUCCUUCAGCCCCACAGAGCCAAGCACAGAUGUCAAAACCCACCACCCAACCACCAGUGACCGUGACAGCCAAGCCAGAACAGCCUGCCAAAUCCACCACCCCCUGCCAUCACAACAACAUCUACACCAACGGCAACCUCACCCACCAAGCCUGCCACAGCUCCAGCAGCUACAACCCCAGCAGCACCUCAGCCCAAGCCUUCUCAAACUGAGACUGCAGCUCCACAAAAACCCGCUGUGAGUGAAGCCCCAGCCACCCAGAAGCCUGUGGAGCCCAGCAAACCAGCUGAGGCACCAGCAAAGACCCACACCGUGCCCAGCGUCAAUGGUGUGCCGGCAUCCAAGACGACCAUCAAGCCGGUCACCACAGCGCCACCACAAUCCAAACCUGCUGACACUCCUCCCAUCACUGAUACCAAGCCAGCGACACUUCCAGCUUCCUCCCCCACCAAGCCAACACCUGCGACGGCCAAGCCCAAGGUGGAGGCCCUCCCCGCCUCAACCUAAGAAGGAGGCAGUAAAAGUGCCUUCCACUCCCAAGGCAGCUACAGAGAACUCCACAGAGACCAAGACCACCAACCACCUGGACACCAAGGAGGAGGCUGAAGAAACACCAAAGAAAUUCCAGUCAAGGACACCCAGGCAAAAGCGAGAGGUGCAGGUGAUGCAGGAGACGCCUGGAGAUGAGCGGCGCAGCAAACGGUCGCGUAACCCAGCCACUCUGUACCAGUCACCCAGCACGGAGCCCCGUCAGUAGGCCACGCAAGAGUGAGCCAGCCACACCCAAGGCUCCCCAGGAUAAACUCAUCAUAUUCUUCAGAAAUGAGCACGUAGCGGUGAGGAACUCGGAGGGCACCUUCUUCCUCUGUCAAGUGGCACAGAACGUCUUCAAAAACACACGCAAGAUAAAGAUCAGAUGGCUGUCACCCAUGGACCCAGAUGACAAGAACUGCAGCACCUACACCCCAGACUACUACGACAUCACAGAUUUUGACUGCAUCCUGACGACAGUGAGUCUUGAGCGGAUAGAUCGGAAAACGCUGCGAUUACGGCCUGAGGAGGAGACACGAAUCAACAACAUCCUGAAGCGUGCGAUGGAUGUGGAGAAGGGCGUCCUGUCUGACAACUCCAACGUCAACCCAGAUCAUCCUGAUGGAUUGGAUCUGUCACUUUACAUCAAUGAAGACCAGCUGAAGACAAGGAGGAAGCGAAGCUCUCCAUCCAAGAGAAAGAAGAAAGAGGAGUCCUCUGGGGAGAGUGGAGUGGAGUCGGAGGAUGGGUCCCAUGACAGUGAAGGUGAAGGUGAGGUGAGCCCCAGGAAAGCAGCGAAAACUCCCUCCAGACGCAAGCCCCGGGCAGGCAGCAAGACCCCGAGCACAGCCAAGGGCAACAAGGCCUCCACCCCGGCUGCUGCUACUAAGACUAAAACGAGGUAACUUCAUGAGCCUGAAGAGUUUAUAACAAGCACCCAAGGCCGGCCAGACAUCAACCCCAAGAAGCACUGUCAAGGCAUCUGCUGCAAAGACGCGAGGCACCCCCAAGGCCACUCCUGCCAAGGCCGCCUCCCCUAAAACCACCCCAAAAGCCACCGUCCCCGCCAAGGCAACUCCCAAGAUGGGGCGGCGGGCUGCAAGGAAAUAGCCCGAGGCCCAAUCAUCUGAGCCUGCCGACCAGAGCCCAGAGGAAUCUAAGAGCAUAAGAGGAAGCCCACCCAAGAACCUUACCGCCUGCAUUCGGCUGAUGCUCCUUGAUAAAUAACAAUCCGUCGUCCAAUUGUUGGUUUAUAAGGGAAAGGGAACGAGUGAGCAAGCGAACCCCUGGAGAUGAGCUUUGUGGCGCGGAGGAGUGUGACCGAGCUGUGGUGUGUGGAAGCGGUGCACGUGUAGCGACGAGCAAAGGCAUAAAAGAGGUGUUUUCCUUGUGUAUUAUCUCAUGGACUUUCUUCUCUCUGCCUCCUCCUGUAUCUUUUUCAAUGCUGCCACUAUUACUUUCAUUCUCCACCUAUUUCUUUUUCAACACCACUAAUAUUGCUUUGCUGUUUUUUGCUCCCUCUUACUACUACAAUCUUUAGUGUUUGUUGCACCAUCUGUCAUUACUACUACUACUACUACUACUACUACUACUACUACUACUACUACUACUACUACUAUGACUACUACUUCUAAUACUUUGCUUCUAAUUAAACUAACACCACAACCACUACUGCUGUGUCAGUCUCGUCUCCCCAAUGUGUCGUCAUCAGAGUUUCACCCAACUCGGCUCUCCACAGAGGACCCAAUCAGAAGGCUGUUUGUCCUUGGUGUGUGAGCUGCCUCCCUCCCUGCAUGAAUGAUGGUGCCUGAGAGAGUAAGUGUGUACAGAGCUCAGUGGGGGGUACAUGUAACCAGUUUUAAAUUAACUAGAGGAUAGGUUAUGUUCAGAGUACAUAUUAAUGUUUUAAUCUAUUGUAUAUGUAUAAUAGUUCUAAAUGUACAACUCAAACUUUGUAUUAUAACAAUUUGACAAUGUGGCAUUCCCCUUCCCUUCCCUCCCUCAUCCCCUUUCCUACUCCUCCUCCCCCCACACCCACCCCUCCCCGCCUUCGCCUCUCCCACCCCUGCCCCACGUCGGGAGGCUGGGGCGUCGGGUGAUCAAUCAACUCCCGCAGACUGUAAAUCACUGCUCAACCUGAAAUUAGUUCUUACUUUGGAGGUGUGUCCUCUCUUGGGCCCUGGGUGAGGGAUGCAGCAUGAGUUCAUUCUGAUGCAUUAGUAAGGUUUAGUCCCAAUGACAAGAGGCACCACAUCCCUUUCUCUUAUUGGGUCAUUACAGAGUUUUGAGUUUGUAUACUAAUGUAAAUCCAUAAAACAGUGGGUCUUGCAAUCAUUCUUUUUAAGAGUUUUAUUUUUUUGUUACUUUUCAAAGUGGAAAUGCAAUAUUUUGCUACUGUUCAAUGCACGAUUACUACUUGCACUUAAGUACUGAGCAAUUGGCUUAGGAAUUACUCAGCAGUAGCAUAGUAGUGUCUGCCCUCUACCUCGAGGCGAUGAGCGAGGAGCACCUGUCCUGUGCAGGGCGACGAGCCACACCAGCCGUGUACAUUCUUCAUAUAUGCCGUGUAAGAUUGACGUAUUAUUUUUUGACUAACCUGAUGAAAGCGGAUUUGUCUGAGGCAGUGUGUGCUGGCCGGGUGGAGGGCAGACAGUGGUAGGCUGUACAUAGUGACGAUCGUAACAUUGAUGUGCUGUCUUGAUCGUAGGUGUGUGACUUGCGAAUGCUGUCUGUGUUACAGAUUAUAUUUGGCUGUAAUUCUUAGAAACCACAUGAGUGGUAAGAAUGAUGAAAAUAAGUCCAUCCUAGUUUUCAGAACUUAAAACACGUGCCGACCCCAUAACGAAUCUGUCAUGAAGGCUGUUGUCUGACCACUUGGGUACAUUUCUGCCUGGGUUGGGGUGUACCUGGAGGCAGUAGUAAGUAGUACUGGAAGUUAUGACUGCAUUCAAGUUGUGUUUAAGAUUUAACAUCCUUGAGCAUAUCUGGGCUAUGGUAGAGAUGUGCUGAGUGAGUGCUGUUCUGUGCAUAACCAAGCCCUGUAUUAUCUUAAGCCUAAUUUCUUAGCACUCUUCAGGGCAGCAGGAAGAGGUCUGCCUGGGACUCUCACUGCUGGGCCUGAAGGGUGUUUACCAAUAGAUAGGGGGUUUAUGUGGGAGGUAUAUUGACCUUAUUUUUUUUAUAUUAGGAUGGGCAUUUCUGCCCAUAUGUGAACCAAGAAAAUCCAUUGUCCUUGGUUUUGUGCUGAGUAAACUCCAAUAUCUGAUGAGCUCCUGAAUGUUCUCCACUGGUGUGUAAACAUUACCGAUAUUAGGUGUAAUGUACAUGGAACCGACCUGUUCUUUCAUAUAGUUUGUGUAAUGAACUGGCAACGUGACUGUUUAAACGAGUUGCUUUUAUAACAGUGUUCGGUGAAUUUUAUACAAGUUUCGAGGACUUAGGGUGUUUGUAAAUUUUCAAUUUAACGCCCUGCUAGUGCAAACCUACCUAGCUGCUGGCUCUAAUGUGCAGGGAGCGAUGCCUGGCAGGGGGCAACAAGGGCGGAACAGAAAACUGAACUAUUGCUGUUGACAUCCAGUGUGCUGUACCUGUUAGAUCUAUAGACUGACAAAGCAAGGAAACUGAGGACUAAAUCACGUGCUGCUCUCAGCAAGCAGGUGGCUGGAACUGGUGUUCAGGAAAAGGAUAAUGAUGUGUGAUGAAUUUCAGUGACGUCAUAAGAGCAGCUAGUCUUGACACAGUUCACCACCUGUCACUGAGCAUUACAGAAGCUGUUACUUAAUGUUGAGGUCAAUCUGUGGGCCAACAAGUGAUUAACUGGAGACUAAGGAAGGUGUAAUUGUGGUGCAGGUGCAGAACCCCACUCACUAUCAUGAAGUCUCAGCCAGGCAAAGGCUGGAAAGUGACUGACUGAUACUACUGUACCACGUCCCUGCCAUCAAGGGAACAUGUCAGGAAGGGCUGUGGAAGUAACCUGCAUUUCCUCAUGCAGCAGUCAGCCCAGCCAGCCAGCCAGCCAGCCGCUGGGCCGCCCUGCCUCGCUCGUCUCCACCUUGUGUCAUGAACUUACAGCUACUCACUGAAAGGCAUUUUUAAAACCGACCGACAAAAUAUAUAUAGUAUAAUAAUUGUAAACAAAAGCGGACUGGAUUGCACGUAACCCAUGUGAUUACAUUGUAUUUUUAAUGGAAGAACAAUUACUGAUAAUUUGCCAUUGAUGUUUGUUAACCCCUAAGAUAUCAAAGUUGUGUAAAUUAUGCUUUUUUUCACUAGUUGCUAUUAAAGAUUAUUUUGAGGAAAACUAUAUAUUUAUUUUAAUGUCAGUGAUCCUUUCUGGAAAACAAUGGCUGUUUGUAGGGGAAAGGGCUUGUGUUUUAGACAUUUUGUUUAGUCAGUCGCCCAGAUGCUAGACCGAACUCAUGUCAGACAACGGAUUAGUUUCAUCUUUUUGCAACUGACCAUUUUCAAGAGGUAUUUUACAUACAGUAAGUAGGUCACAUUGUAGCAAUGUGCCAUUGUUUUCAUAAGUAAAUAUCAUUGUACAA